AUGUCACGUAAGGCUAGUGAAAUAUGGUCUCAUUUUGAUAAAAAAGACAACUCCGUGUACCUUGCUGUUUGUAAAUAUUGUCAAUUAACAUUGUCGUAUAAAUCUACUACAGGCAACCUAAGUUCUCAUUUAAAGAGAUCGCAUACUUCAAUUUAUUUGGCGCAAAGAACCACUACUUCAGGAACUGUUAAUGAACCUACACAUCAAACGACGACUAUUGAACAAAAUUUGGUACUUCCGAGUACAUCUGCCAUAGGGAAUGCAUCGGAACCGACUAUAUCUUCCACCGCAGCCAAAUCAGCGGCUAGUACAGAUCAGGUAAACCUGCGGUUAAUAGAGUUGCCUCAAGUGUCACGCAAAAGGCAAAAAACAAUGCAGAACUAUAUUAUUAAAAAAAUGACUCCAGAUGAAAAAAAAAGAGUUGAUCGUGAUCUAUUGGAAUUAUUUAUUACCGACUAUCAGCCGUUUCGAUUAGUAGAAGAUGAAGGAUUCAAAAAUUUUAUCAAGCAUAUUCCCGGGUACACGUUGUCCUUUGUAGCUUUGUAUCAACAAACAUUAAGCAGCGUCAGAGAAAUAGUUUCUCGGGACGCAAAGUCAGUGUGCUUGACAACAGACCUUUGGACCUCGUCACAGACCGAAAGUUAUAUUGGCGUAACAGCGCACUAA